GCCACGUCGCUGCGGGUUCUCUCCUGACACGAGGACAGAACCCCGCGCCGCCGACUCUUGCAACUAGAAUAUUGAUCGCUGCAAUGCCUCUGCUGCGUCCCCUGCUGAGUCUUCUGCUGCUCCUGGCAGCCGUUUUGCCCUGCCUCGCCAACAGCAGUUGUCCUUCGCCCUUUAAGUCUUACGGCGCUAAGGGGUGCCUGCAGGUCGUCCUCGGGAGCCGGCCCCUAACAUGGCACAGUGCCAGAAGCGAGUGCCAGGCCAAGGGAGGCGAUCUGGCAGUCCUGGACGAGGCGGAGAAAUUCAAGGCCCUGUCAGCUGGGAUUGACGAGGAGUAUCCCGACAUGACCAAAGGCGGCUUCACAUUCUGGGUGGGAGCCCAACGCGUCGACUCCUCCUGGCUCUGGACUAAUGGCAAGCCGGUGGAGCCAAACGCCGAGUUGUGGGUGGCCGGUCAGCCUUCUCCCGGUAGCAGCGCCAAUGCUGCUAUCAUGGUACCUGCCGGAGGCGCUGACGGCCGUCGCUAUCUCACCAACUUCAACCCGGAUACCUUUGCUCCUGCUUUCAUCUGCGAGAAGUUUUAGGUGUGGAGGGAGUUCUGUCGGGGGAGGGGGGGAGCUUUCAUCUGCGAGAAGUUUUAGCUUCGAAGGGAGUGUCUGUCGGAGGGGGAGGGGGGAAGGGGGUCUUUCAUCUACGAGAAGUUUUAGGUCUGGAGGGAGUUCUGUCGGGGAGGGGGAGGGUUAUAAGAAGUUCUGUAAGGAUGCUAUGAGAAGUUUUGUUGGAUGUUCCCUAAAAAGCUGGGAAGGAAUUAUUAAUAUUAUUGAAGGAAGUUUUAAGGAUAUUUCUGUAGAAAGCUGUUUAGGAAAUUUUGUAGGAAGGUCCUUCGGCAGUUUAAAAAGAAGUUUGAUCUUCAGUCUCAUUAGCAUAGCAUUGUUAUUUUCCCUGGACAGAGGAGGGAGAAGAGAAGGAGUGAGAAAAGGAGAAAGGGAGGGAGAGAGAAAAAUAAAAGGAUUUAAAAUACUGGCUUCAUACACUUGUUAAAUUGCACCUGUUAAUUAGCACACUGUUGCCCUUGUGAAUAAAUGUUAAAUAAACGUC